AACCCUACUUCACUUCACACACACACCAUCACCUCACCUGUCCUCGUGUUCAUCAAUGGCGGAUCCCGGUAACAACACACACUCAGAUCAACGACAACACGUGUUCGCAUCAUUCUACUCUAUCAUUACACUCGCAUUCAUUCUACUCGCCUGCGUUGAGCUCGGCGAUGCAUCCACCGUCGUCGACGUUUACCGCCUCAUUCAGUACGAUAUCUCCGGUGCACCGUUUGGAUCUCGUGUUGCAUCAAUUAAUCAUCACGCCGCUUCUUCUCUCUUCGCUCCUGGUUCCGAUCUCUCCCGCACUGUUCUCGUUCUUCCUCUGCGUGAAUUGAACCAAACUUUCAUUCGAGAAUAUAUUGAGCAGGGAAAGCCUUUAGGGGGCUUAUUACUUCUACUUCCUCAAUUUUUUCGUUCUGAGGACAGUCAAACUGUUGUUGGACAUGCUGAUAACAGUGAUAAGGAGAAAAUGAAACGACUAUUGGCUGAUUUAGAGCAGAAGCUAAUACAUUCUACUAUUCAAUAUCCUGUGUAUUUUGCUUUUGAAGAUGAAGAUUUAGAUAAAGUGUUAGCCGAUAUAAAGAAAAACGAUGCCGCUGGUCAGCCUGCAACAGCAACUACUGGCGGAUACAAGCUUAUUGUCUCGUCACCAGCUCCAAAAAAACUUGCAUCUCCUACAAUCACAAACAUUCAGGGAUGGUUGCCUGGAUCGAAAGCUGACGGGAGUUCAAACCAACUCCCAACUAUUGCCAUCGUGGCAUCAUAUGAUACGUUUGGUGCAGCUCCGGCAUUGUCAGUUGGAAGUGAUAGCAAUGGAGGUGGUGUAGUCGCACUUCUUGAAAUUGCUAGAUUAUUUUCUAUAUUGUAUUCCAAUCCUAACACGAGAGGAAAGUAUAAUAUAUUGUUUGGGCUGACAUCUGGUGGACCUUAUAACUACAAUGGAACUCAGAAGUGGCUUAGAAGUUUUGAUCAGCGUUUACGAGAAAGUAUUGAUUAUGCUAUCUGCUUGAAUAGUCUUGGCUCAGGGGACAGCGGGUUAUGGGUUCAUGUUUCUAAACCUCCAGAGAAUGCUUAUGUGAAGCAAAUUUUUGAGGGUUUAUCCAAAGUGGCAGACGAAUUGAGUCUUAAAGUUGGGCUAAAGCACAAAAAAAUAAAUGUCUCCAAUUCCCGAGUAGCCUGGGAGCAUGAACAGUUUUCAAGGUUAAGAGUUACUGCAGCUACACUCUCUGGACUUUCUGUUGCACCUGAAUUGCUGGAAAAUACAGGAGGUAUAUCUGAUAACAGAGAGUUUGUCAGUGAAGCUGCAGUUAUUCGGAGUGUAAAAUUGGUUGCCGAAAGUCUGGCGAGGCAUAUAUAUGGUCAGGAGGGGAAAAAUGUCGAUAUAUUUGUAGAUAACAGUAGCUUGGCAGUCAAUCCUUCUUACAUACGAUCAUGGCUUGACCUUUUGUCAAGAACACCUCGUGUGGCACCUUUUCUCUCAAAGGAUGAUGCAUUCAUCACCGCACUGAAAAAGGAAUUAGCAGAUCAUGUCGCAGAAGUGAACUUGCAACAUGACGUGAUUGACGGGAUGUUCACUUUUUAUGAUUCUGCAAUUAAUACACUGCAGAUUUAUCAGGUUGCGAGUGUAACAUUCGACUUGCUCUUGCUACUUGUUCUUGGAUCAUACCUGAUUACCCUUUUCAGUUUCCUUGUGAUAACUACCAGGGGUCUCGAUGAUCUCAUCAGUCUUUUCCGUCGUCCUCCACCACGCAAAAUCAAAGUAGUUUAAUGUUAUGAUACGCUGUGCCACAACCAUGCAGCUUCUGCAUAACUAGCUCAUUCUGACUGCAGAGAUUAGACACGCUCUUGUUGAACCAUGAUGGUCUCUUGUAGCUUUAUUUGUAGCAACCAAGGAUUCAUUUUUUUGUUAUAAUUGCAAACAUGCAAAAAUAUUUGGUUAUGCUCGAGGUGUAACCUAUGUAAUCUUUCCGGCUUAUUCAUAGUAAUUUUUUUCUUAGUACUGAUUAUA